AAGGGGAGGAGGAAGAGACCAACAGAGAGAGACAGAAGGAGGAAGUAAAGACGGGAGCGGCGGCGUUUAGACUCUAAAAGCGUCUUAAACUAGCGACAAACUCUGUCAAACCCGGGACGCUUUGUCCUGCAUGCCGUGUUUCGGUGGAGAGGAGCAGCGUUUCCUGUAGACGAUGGGAGUGGGGGAUCCAAACAAGAUGGAGCAAGGGGCGGCGGCAGGUCCCGUGGAAACGGACCGAGUCAAGGCCCUGCAGUCUCAGGUGGACGGUGUAAAGGACAUCAUGACCCAGAACGUGGAUCGGAUCCUGGCUCGCGGUGAACGGCUGGACGAUCUGAUGGACAAGUCUGAGGACCUGCAGGCUGGGGCGCAGAACUUCAAGCAGACGUCUCAGAAGGUGGCUCGUGCGUAUUGGUGGAAAAACGUGAAGCUGAUCUUGGUAAUCAUUGUGGUCGUCAUCGUCAUUGUGCUCAUCAUUGUCCUGCUGGCCACCGGAGUGAUUCCCACCAACGGUCCUGCGCCUGGGCCUGCGCCUACACCCAAACCACCCGGCAAUUGAUGUGAUUCAGAACCAUGUUAAAGUGAUGGUUUGGCCAAAAAUCAAAUGCACAGGAUAUGCUAAAUGUAGUUGAAGUUUAGCGAUGAACUUUUCUCUAUAUCAAUGGACAAAGUAGUCUGUAUUUAAUCUGUAGUUUAAUCAUCAAAACAGAAAAUAUAGGUGUGAUAAUUUAGGCAUGUGUAUAUAUUCUGUAAGACUUCUUGUUAGCCACUAAAUUUGGGAUUAAAGGUGAAAAGUUUUUGAAUUUUGGCCAAACAGUCUCUUACAUUUGUAGCUAUAAAAGCCCGCAGAUACAAGCAUCCAUUCCUACAUGCACAUGAAGGCCGUCCUCCUCCCGAAGUGCCACAGGACACGCAGGUUUUUGUGCCAGUCCUGCAUUGACACACCUACCUCAGCCCUGUUAAAUGUUGAGAAGCCUCUGAAUGGGGAUAAUAAAACCUAAAAUUUUAAAAUGUGCCAUAAGUUUUGCACAGGCCACAUUUUGUAUUUUAUUUUUAUUUCCAAUGUGUUAAACUCAAACGUUAAUACGAGGAUGUGUUAACCAACAUCAAUCAACACGUAAUUUAAUCAAGGCUGCCCAGCCUUUGGUAUACAACUCUACGUGUGUCGGAUCAGGAUCAAACAAAAUCCUGCAAGACUGUGGCACAACCGGAGGAGCGACAUCCAUCCGUCAUAAACGCUGGUUUUACAUGAAUUAUUUUUAAAAUUCCUUUUAUUUGCACAUUUUUGCUCAGACAGGCACUGGUUUUUACCGUCUGCUGGGGUCACAGAGCUUCCGAUCCUCUGUUCUCCAGUCUGAAGGCCUUUAAACAGAAGCUUUGAAGCCGUACUUUCCUCACUGUUUUCCUCACAACAUUGCCGACAGUGAAUGAACGCUAGAGCAGGGUAGCUUUAACCUCUUUCCAAAAUGCAAAUGUGUCAGUUUCAUCGAUCGUUAGCAACGUUAACAUUGUAGCGGACAAAUAUUUGUUAAACUGGUUUAGCGGUACCAAGUUCGUCAUCGCCAGACUCCUGCUUCACAGUGAUGCAUGCUGUUAAUUUGGUGUGCUAAUGCUAAAAGCAGUGCGUGGUGUUCAGCGAUAACCUGAUGUUACACACUUAUAAAAAGCUGAAUUAUGGGGUGUUUAUUAGACGUCACACAUGGAAUCUAUUUUGAAAAGGCCCUGAAGUUCAUGUUAAGAAGAUUUGGGAAAAUAGGGACAUUAGUGCUGAAUGUUUCAGUAAGUUAUGUUACGGUCCCCAAACUUUUAUUUUAACAUGGCAUCUGUUCUUUACGUGGUUUAAACAUAUGACUAUUAUGAAUAAAAUUUCCUUAUGUAACCUUACAAUAAAGUUGAGUAACGUUUCUGUAAAGAUA